AUGGCUCAUCAUUGUGAGGAUGAACACCACCAUAGCCAUGGGGACGACCAUGUCCCACCGGCUCCUACUUAUACUUCGCAGACGUUGGCUAAUGUGAUUGAUACUCAUAAGAUACGCUGUUUAAAUGUCGAGACAUCUUCCACUUCACAACCUUUAGUUAGUAAGUUUUUUCUGAAAAGUCAAGAUGCUAAAUUCGAUUGCAAAGACUACAUACAAAGUGAUGCUGACUGUCAGAUCAUUCUACAUAUUCCAUUCACUGUUAAUUGUAAAAUAUACUCGAUUAUGUUGAGGACUAAUGCUAACGACACAGAUAAUGAGUUGAGCACGCCAAAGGAUAUCAGAAUAUACAAGAAUUACCCAAAGAACAUCGAUUUUGAUACAAUGGGCAAUACUAAAGAGGACUAUAAAAUUCAACAACCAGAAAAUGUAGGGAUUUUGUUUGAUGAGGAAAAUUUGGUUAAUGAAGAUGAAGAUACGUUUGUGGAGCAUUCCUUGCCACGUCGGGUGUUUCAGAACUGCCAUUCGAUAACCUUGUUCGUGGAAAACAACUGGUCUGGCGAUGGGGAUGAGUUGACCAGAAUUUAUUAUUUAGAGAUAAGAGGUGAAGCUACGAGUGCAUUGAAGACUAAUGAUGGCAUCCCGCUGGCUACUGUCUAUGAGUCAGCGCCAAAUCCCCUGGAUCAUGGUAAAUUGGAAUCAGAGCAAACUGGUCUAAACAUGAACUUUUGA